AUGAAUCAGCUGACGGCGCUCUUCCAGAAGAUGCGGCGUCGCGGACAAGUCUCUAAGGAUUUCAAGAACACCACAAUCGUCCACCUCUACAAGCGAAAGGAGAACUGCCAACUCUGCGAAAACCGCAGAGGCGUCUCGCCGCCCAACAUUUCCGGAAAAAUCUUCGUUCGCGUUCGCCUCAACAGCCAUGUGGAACAGGGACGCAUGGCGGAAAGCCAGUACGGCCGUCGUCUCGGCACCAUCGACAUAAUCUUUACAGUCUGCCAGCUGCGAGGGAAAUUCCACGAGAUGCGGAUCCAUCUCUACUCUACCUUUGGGGAUCCAACGAAAACAUUAGACCCGAUGAAUCGCGAAGGAUUGUGGAAAAUGGUGCAGAAAUUCGGCUGUCUCAAGUGA